AUGUUCAAGAUUAAUGUGGAUGGGUCAUGGAAGAAAGGGGUAUCAAGAGGGGGUUAUGGCAUUGUGAUUCGGGAUUCCAGAGGCUUGUUUGUUGCUGCCUCGAUCGGGGUUUCCUCGUGGUGCGCAAGUUCUUUAGUUGCAGAAGCUUUGGCAUUUCGGCAUGGUAUUUUGUUGGGAUCACAUCUUGGGUUAAGGUCAAUAAUUAUAGAAAGAGAUGCUCAGUUGAUGGUGAAUAUGCUUCAUGGCAAAGUAGCUAUCAGUCAAGAGGUGGAGGUCAUUAUUCAUGAUAUUCAGGUUUUGAGCAGAAAUUUCCACUGCUGUAGUUACUCUUUUGUACGUAGGGCUAGUAACAAGACUGCUCAUGUGUAG